AGAGGAUUCAGCUUCAGUUCGCGGAAGAUGCGAUUCCUGUUCUUGUUGUUCUUGGCGGCGGCUCCUGCCCUUGGAGCGAGGGUCAUCUGUUACUGGAAUGGUAAUUCCUUCUGGAGGGAAGGCACAGCCAAAGUUACCGUGGAAGAGAUCAAAGCAGGAACUCCUCUUUGUACACACUUGAUCUACGGCUUUGCGGCGAUUGACGAUGAUGAUUACCACGUUGAACCUAUCGACAAGAAACUAGAUUUAGAUAAAGGUAAGGGUCAAUGGAAAGCUGUAGCUGGCCUGAAGAGAUCACAGCCUGGUCUUUCUAUCCUUUUGUCUGUAGGAGGCUUUAAUGACAAGGAGGAUGAGGAUAAAUACUUUGAAGUGCUUGAAAAACCAGAAAGACGAACUAAAUUCAUAAACUCUGUAGUCAGUCUUCUUCGAGAAUAUGGUUUUGAUGGUAUUGAUCUUGCCUGGCAAUUCCCUCCACAGCAUGAAAAAUAUGAAAAGACAUCUAUCGGAUCUAUUUUCCAUAAAAUCACAAAGACUUUUGGAGCUGGAACUGACUCAAAGGCAAAGGAGCAUAGAGAUCAAUUUGUGAAUUUGUGCAGAGAACUGAAAGCUAAUUUGAGGCCAGAAAACAAAGUUCUAUCCGUUGGUCUUCUUCCUCACGUCAAUUCAACAACUUAUAUGGAUGUAAGAUCUCUUAUGCCCCAUGUCGACAUGGUAAACUUAUGGACUGUGGAUUUCAGAACCCCAGAAAGGUCACCUGAGAAAGCUGAUUAUGUUCAUCCUUUAGGAUACCUGUAUCCAAGACUACCACAUCAAAAUGUUGAUGCAAUUGUUAAGUAUUGGUUGGAUAAUGGUGCUGAACCACAUAAAUUGAAUUUGGGAAUUGCCACUUGGGGAAGGACAUGGAAGCUGAAUGAAGAUUCUGGUAAAUCAGGUGCCCCUCCAAUUAUUGCAGAUGGACCUGGCGAGAAAGGACCUCAUACAAAGAAAGAAGGACUUCUUGCAUACUAUGAACUCUGCACUAAACUUGUCAGUCCAAACGAUCCUAAAGCACCAGCAGGAACUCUGAGGAGAGUGGUUGAUCCAGAGAAGAAAAUGGGAGUCUAUGGUUUUAGGCUGCCGGACAAGAAAAUAGAUGAAGGCUUAUGGGUUGGAUAUGAAGAACCAGAGACUGCCGCUGCAAAGGCUAUUUAUGCAAAAUCGAGAGGUCUUGGUGGUGUUGCUGUCUUAGAUUUGGGUCUCGAUGACUCUAGGGGUAUCUGUGAUGGAAGGAAAUUCCCGAUAACAACGGCGGCCAAACUUAACCUAGACUAUAGUACAACACAAUCUGCUCCUGUAAAACCUGUUCUGAGCUCGUUGCCUGCUCACCCAGUUCAAGGCGUAUUGCCCGCACAACCUGCAUACGGCCCCGUAAUAGAACAUCCUUCUUUUGCUGCCAAUCAGACUCAUGGGGCAAAGGUGACCCACCAUCCACCAGUCCAGCCUAGCUACGCCAACAUAGCUAUCAAGGGCUAAUAACCUUGAAAUUGUUAGGUUUAAUUUAUUUUAAUUUUGAUACUUUUUCUAAGAUCAGUGUACAUAUCACAUUUUUCCUUUUUAAUAAAAAAAAUGCAUAAUAAAAUGUCUAAUUUUAUUUCACCACAA